AUGCUGAUGGUACAGACAAACACUCAACCUAUGAAGACCAACAAGCUGAAGGGACCACCCCCGGUCCCUCCGCGGCCCAACCAGAGCGUGGUAGCUGAGGCUCUUGCGAAGACAAGAAAGGCUGUGGCCGAUUCAAAGGCCAGCCUCUCCAAGUCACGCACACCAUACAAACAAGAGAACUCAGCUAAAUCUAAAACCUUGGACAGAUCGAACACUGUCAAUCAGACUACUGUAUCGCCUAAACAAAAUGGAUUAGCACGCGUUAAGUCAUUCAUCAGAGAUGUUAUUAGUGAUCGAAGCUCUUCUUCCGAUGAAAGGAAAUCAAGUGGACAGAAUUCAAGGAGAAGUUCAAGCGAUAGUUCCACAAUACCGGCUACAAAGAGAUCUAAUGAAUCGCUCAAUUCUAAAGCUGUUAAAACUUGUAAACAAAUCUUAGUUCGAUCUCUUUCGACAUCUAAUAAAUUAGAUCAAGAUACGAAAUGUAAAGUAUCAAAGUCUUCAAGUUUUGCUGAGAAAACGUUGCCAUUAAGAAAAGCUCCUCCUCCGCCUUUAUCGCCUAAACCUAAGUUAAAACCAAUGAAACCUUUACCUGUACAGAGAAGCUCUAGAAGCAGUAGUUGUAGUUCACCUAAACAAUCGCCUGAAAUAAGUCCUUAUUCCUCGCCAAUAGAUGCGAAACCACCUCAGACGCCGGUACCAGAAGCGCCAUAUGCUUCAGUCGAGGAAGUUCAGGAAUUCGAUGACAGAUUACGAAGCAGCCCUUCUAAACAGAUUAAUAACCAACCGGAAAUCCCUUCAAGUCCCAUACGUGACGAAAGUGUAAACAAAAAUAAUAGUUCCCUAGAACGCAAGACAUCAAGGGUCACCGAAAUGUUAAUUUCAGAAAUCCUCGCAAGUAGAAACGGUAGUAAAAACGACGAGAACACUGUCAUAGACAAAGGGAAGGAUACCGAGAAUCUGACUAACGGCAGUGAUUCGCCGGAGAUUGAAAUGAUGAAGGACAUGAACAAUCACGAGAUGUUAAUAUACGAAUUACAAACGAUGCACUCGCAAUCUAACGUGCCUGAAAUUAUAGAUGCAAAGGAGACCACUCCGUCGGAAUCAGACAAAAAUGGACUGUGUGAUUCUGAGGACUCCGAUCAGAUUUACGCCAUGUCCUCGGUGACAAGUGGGAAUACAGAAAAUGGAUAUGAUCAAACAUACGCGUAUAUAUUAGAUGACGACCUUAAAUCUAGAUUGCGUAAGCAGUUCCGUGCGAUCAGCACCAUGUCCCUGCAAGGACUUCCACCGUUGCCGAAGAGUCUAAGCGGCUUCGCGGACGGCGAGCCUGAAGUGGAAGUGACGCCUACGUCAUCACCUGCCGACCCGCCGCCGGCGGACCUCGACUCUCAGCUUACUUACCUCAAAAAAGAAAUGGCGAGUCUACGGCAGUUGGACCUGUCACUGUUGUCCGAGCUGUGGACGCUCAGUGAAGCCAUGGCGUCGUGGAGACGCCAGCUUGAGCGUGGACCACGCCUAAGGCCGGCGCCGCCGCCUCCGCCGCCGCCACACUACCUCAGAACAUAG